AGCAAUACCAGGGCAGUGCAUCUACUCCUCAAGAUGAUGAUGGGUAUGCUAGCGUUUGAGAACAACCAGGGGCUCUGGAAUGGUGGGUAUUAUUCCCAGUUUUUCGGAAUCGGGGGAGUUAUGGUCACCGUAGCAAUUCUUUGGUUAUCUACGGGCUACUUUGGAGGAAUUGGUGCUCCUUUUGCUCCAUACUUUUGGCCAUAUCUAGGACAACUUCCCAAGAAGAAGGAACGGCAAAGGCCUGUGAGAGUGUACAUGGAUGGAUGCUUUGAUCUCAUGCACUAUGGCCACGCAAAUGCGUUGCGACAGGCCAAGUUGCUGGGAGAUCAGCUGAUCGUGGGAGUUGUCAGUGAUGAGGAGAUUGUGGCGAAUAAGGGUCCGCCCGUGCUUUCCAUGGAAGAGAGGUUGACACUUGUCAGUGGAUUGAAGUGGGUGGAUGAGGUCAUUCCCAAUGCGCCCUAUGAAAUUACAGAAGAAUUCAUGAAUACGCUCUUCAGUAAAUACAACAUUGAUUACAUUAUACAUGGAGACGAUCCUUGUCUUCUACCUGAUGGAACUGAUGCUUAUGCGUUAGCAAAGAAGGCUGGACGAUACAAGCAAAUCAGGCGAACUGAAGGUGUUUCAAGCACCGAUAUAGUCGGGAGAAUAUUGCUAACAUUCAAGCAUAAACAGGGCAGUAAUGAAAAUGUUGGAGUUGAAUCAUGCGAUCAGAAGAAACCUCAGCUUUCCAAUUUUCUUCCAACUUCCCGCCGGAUAAUGCAGUUUUCAAAUGGGCAGGCUCCUUCGCCAGGUGCUCGCGUGGUGUAUAUAGAUGGUGCAUUUGACCUUUUCCAUGCCGGCCAUGUUGAGAUCCUAAGAAUUGCCAGGCAACUUGGUGACUUCCUUCUUGUCGGUGUUCAUGAUGACCAGGCCAUCAGGGAAAGAAGAGGCUGUUGUCCUAUCAUGCACCUCCAUGAGCGUACCCUUAGUGUACUUGCUUGUCGCUACGUCGAUGAAGUUAUAAUAGGCGCACCAUGGGAAGUUUCAAGGGAUAUGAUUACUACGUUUAACAUUUCAUUGGUUGUACAUGGGACAGUAGCCGAGGGUACUUCUGUUGGUGAAGAUGAUCCCUACGCCCUUCCAAAGAGCAUGGGUAUUUUUCAAAUAGUCACAAGCCCUAAAACUAUAACAUCAGUUUCAGUCGCUACAAGAAUUAUUGAUAACCAUGAAGCUUACAAGAAAAGAAACUUGAAAAAGAAGGCGAGUGAAGACAAGUACUACACGCAAAAGAAAUUUGUCUUUGGAGACUGAUGCUGCAAAAGGAGCUUACAAUUUUGCAGCAAGCUGAGGAAAGGCAUGGUGCCUCCCCAUACUGAAAAGCUAUUCUACAACAGUAUUUGCAACACUUACUCAGCUAUGGAAAGUAGCCAGUCGUAAUUUGAUGGCCAUUUGGCAGAGGGAAUCAGCUGAAGAAAUUAAAUUAAAAGACCGUCAUAUUCUUCUAGUGUUGCCCUUUUUCAGCUGGAAUGUCCACUUAGCAACAUGAGUUCACAUACAUGAUUCUUUUUUCUUUUUCAUUGUUAUCCCUGGAGGGGAAAUAUUCUUGGCUGAACACCUUCAGCAGAUCAUUGUUGUAUACUUGUAUGUUACAGUAUUACCUAAGAGUUUAUGAAGUGAUUAGAGUUGCACCCUCCUAAUUGUACCAAGUAUAUACUUGAUGAAGAACUAGUGAUAGUCAUCUGUGACUUUCGAUUUUUCUGACCGUAGAUGGUUAUGUUCAGCUUUCCUUGUUCA